AUGUUGACAAUUAAUUUUGUAAAACAACAAUUCAUAAUUAUUUAUUUAUAUAAUCAAUCAUGGAAAAGUGUUCUAUAUAUUAAUGGAAAUAAAUUACACAUGUUCAUUAUAACCUUAUUAAUUGGAUGUUUUAUUGAUUUUGCUUUAGCUGGAAAACAUGAAUGUAAUCAAAAUACAUGUUACUCUGUAUUAUCAGAUACUGCUGCUCGUGUAAUCCAAUCCAACCGUUGUACGACAGAAGAACGCCAAAAACGAAUACAAUGUUUCGAGGUACUACCUGCGGAACAGUAUGCUAUACCAUUAGGACACACUGUGAAUAUGCAAUGUGUUGUUUUAAAUCAGCAUGGGAAAGUUCAGUGGCGUGCAAAAAAAAUACUUCUUGGUUAUGAUCGUUCUAUACCGGGUUACUCAAGAUUCAGAAUAAUUGGUGAUGUUGGACGAGGAGAGCAUACAUUACAAAUUACAGAUGUCCAACGUGAUGAUGCUGGAGAAUAUGAAUGUCAAGUGACUCCAGUUCCGGUUAAUAAUCAUCCAUUAUUAAGAAGAAAAACAUAUCUAGAAGUUCUUAUUAAGCCGAAUGAACCACAGAUUUUAUAUCAAAAUGUACAGUUACCAGACAGAAAAUUGAUUAUAUCUCAACCAGAUCCUAUUUUGCGUAUUAGUUUAGUUUGUUCUGCAGUUGGUGGCCGACCAGCUCCAAAUUUCAAGUGGUUACUUAACCGUCAUGAAAUACCAAAUCUGGAGGUAAAAACUAAAACACCGAUGAGUCCUAAUGAUGUAGCCAAAAUGAAUAAUCUGCUUAAAAUUUGGGGUAAAUUACAUCCUAUUAUCAAUAAUAAAGAGAAUGAUGAACAAUCUAGUCUAAGUAUCCUUAAAGCUGGUUUAGAAGAUGGUGAUGAAAUCGUAUGCAGUGUGUCAAACUCUGCAACUCAAAUAAAUCAUGAUCCAAUGAAACGUAAUUUAUCAAUAACAAUUACUGUAGAUGUUCAUACUCCUCCCGGUCCUCCGAAAAUCGUCAGUCCUGAAUCAAACCAUGUUUAUCUAGAUGGUGAACAGUUACGUGCAGUAUGUGUUGCCUCACCACCUGGUAAACCAUUAGGUGGACUAUUCUGGAGAUGGUUAAUAAGGACAAGUCAAGUUGAUGACAGCGAUAUUCAGAAAAUCAGUGGAAUUGGAGGUAGGGGCGGUGCUAGACUCAGUGAUUACACAUCCGUUGAAGCCUAUCUACGAAGUUUGGACAGUAGCAAUACUGGUGGUAGUCUGUCGCAGAAAAUCGUUUUACCAGAAUUAUCUCAAUUGCAGCAGGGAGAUUUUAUUUCCGAAGAUGUACAACCACUGCAUUAUACACUUACUAAAGAAAAAGAUCAAUUAGUAAAUACACUGAUCAUUCAACGAGUUACUCGGAAGUAUCAUGCUGCUAAACUGAUUUGUGAAACCGGACAUCCUGUGGGUUCGGCUCAUCAAACAAGUAUCACAAUAUAUGUGAAACAUGCACCAGCUAAUGUCACAAUUUCAGUAGAAACUGGUAGCAUUGAUGAUGAUCAUACUGGUGGACGCCAUGAAAAAGUAGCAUAUGCACGUGCCGGUGAAAUGAAGACAUUUAUUUGCAAAACUGCUCCAUAUUAUGGUCAGGCAACUAUUAAGUGGUUGUUUCAAGCAGCUGGUGCUAGUAUUACAACACCUCCCAAACAACUGGUUGAUAAAGCUGUCACAUUCAAAACACCUGAUGGAGAGAGUGUCUAUCAAGAGUCACGGAUUCAGAUCACUGUUCGACCAGAAGAUGACAGAAGUUAUAUAGAUUGUCUUGUUUGGAGUGUUGGAGAUGCACGCAUUGAUUCAAGAGUACGCCUAGAUAUUAUCCAUCCCCCAGAUACGCCUAAGAUUACUGGUUAUAAAAGUGGUCAACCAGUGAACAUGGCUCAUCUUUUGGAAUUUACGUGUACUACUACAGGUGGUAAUCCAUUGCCUGAACUCCAGUGGUUUAAAGAUAAAAAACCGAUCACAAACAAUGUUGAACCAAUUGUUAUUGGAAAACAAACUACUAUUAAACUAAAGCUUGUACCACAAAAAGAAGAUAACGGUGCUGAAUAUCAUUGUUCAGCUCGUAACACUGCAACAAACAAUGAAUGGAUAGAUAGUGAAGCUAUAAUUUUAAAUGUUUUAUUUCCACCACAACGAGUAAGUUUAAAUUUUGGCGGUAAAUCAGUAGUUCAAAGUGGUGAACAACUUGAAAUCAACUGUCAAGCAGAUAGUUCAAAUCCAGUUGCUGUUAUCACAUGGCGUCAUUAUCAAUGUGGACCAGCUCAUGCGUUUUAUCGACGUCAUUUAUUACAACAACAACAAAAAUUACCAAAAUCUAGUAGUAGUACAAAUGAAGGGGAAAAGUGUAAAUUAUUAGAACUAAAAGGUUCCGACGAAACACCUAUUCCUGGAGCAUCCGGUGGUUUAUUAGCCAGAAGUCAUUUAUGGUUACGUCCAACUUGGAGAUAUCAUAUGGACUUUAUUGAAUGUCAAGCGGAGAAUCCAGUUUAUGGUCCACCUAUUUGGCAUGAUAGACUCCAGUUAAAUAUUACAUUUGCACCACAAUUCUAUGGACUUCAAGUAGGUGAUCACCGAGUAAUACGAGAAGGUGAAACAACUCAUCUAGACUUUGGAUUAUAUGCAAAUCCUCCGGUUACAUCUGUUUCAUGGUUUCGUAAUGAUCAGUUACUUCCAUUUGAACCUAAAGAAACGGAUACAUGGCAAGGUGUUUUCGCGGCUGGUUCUGUUGGAGAACUACUUUCAUUACAUAAAAUUAAUCGUGAAAAUAUGGGCAAUUAUACAGUGGUAGUUUCUAAUUCACAACAUGAAUCACGAAAUACAUUUUUUCUUAAUGUUACAUAUCCAGCAAGUAUUGUUGGCAAACUUGAAGAGAACAUAACACAAACGAAUAAAGACUAUGCUGCUUUAGACUGUAAAGCUGAUGCUAAUCCAGCUAUACCUGAUAGAACAUUUACAUGGUAUCGUUACUUCCCACCUAAGGGCUGGACAGAAGAGGUAGAUGAGGGGGCAUUACAACUGAGUGAACCAAUUUAUUGUAAUCAAUCUCAGGUUGACAAACCAAAAAUGCUUGCUCAGUGUUUUCAACAAGAUAAAUUUCAAAUUUCUAGUACAUUUUACAUUUAUCAACUUACAGAAGAUGAUGUUGGCAAAUAUGUUUGCGAAGUCAGUAAUGGAAUAGGUGAACCAGUGAAGAAGACAUUUAAUCUCCUGUAUCAUUUUCCUCCAAAAAUAAUUCAAUUGCCUCGAUAUACAAAAGCAGCUGGUGAACAAAGUUCCAAAGUAUGGUUAACAUGUUACAUUCGUACAGAACCAACUCCACAAAUUGCUUGGCUCAAAGAUAAUAAACUAAUCCCAAUGGAUGCGUUAAUUCAAAGUAAAACUUCAGAUACUAAAAAUGGGAUGAAAAAAUAUGAAAAUUUUUUAACUCAUAUACGUCCUGGAUUAUAUAAAGCUCAGUUAGCUGUUAAUGAUAUUAGAAAAUAUGACUUUGGUUCUUAUAGUUGUCAGGCUGCUAAUUUACAAGGUGAAGCUCAACUAGGAAUUCAUUUGUCUGGAACAUCCACCCCAGAUGUGCCGAUAAAUUUUCGUCUUCUAAAUGCAACCUCAUCAACUUUGCAUGUUGCCUGGACUCAAGGUUUUGAUGGUGGAUUGGCACAAACUUUUCAGGUUCGUUGGCGUGAAGUUGGUUCAAUUAGUUUGUAUAAAUAUGCUGAUGUGGCAUCAAAUGAUAAUCGAAAUGGAGUUGAGUACUUCAUUACUGGUUUAAAACCUGGAAGUGAAUAUAUAGUUAGCGUGAAUUCCAUGAAUUCAAAACAUGGAGCUAGUGCCUACACAGAACCUAUCCAUUUAAGAACACUACCACUAGAUUCAUACAAUGGUCGUGAACCUAUACCACCUUUAUCAAAUUCUGGUUAUUCAGAUGACAAUGCUUUAUUAAUCAUAGUAUCUGCAUGUGUUUUUGGAUUUGUUAUUCUUCUUGUUAACGUCAUAGUUAUUAUUUUCUUAAUUAAACGACGUCGUCAUCGUAAUAUGAUGAGAAGACGACAAUAUAAAUCUGAUCAAGGAGUUACUAUGACAAAUGGAGUUGCAUUAACACGUCAUGAUCAAUCUGGUAAUGAUAUGAAAGCACAUCUUCAAUCAUCUUUUAUUGAUCAAAAUGAUAAUUUUGUAGAUACAGAUAUCAGUACAACAUGUAUAUGUUGUCCACCUAACAAAAAAAAACUCAUAAGUUCAGGUUAUGUAAAAGCAGACUCUUAUGGUAACUUUUCCCGUACACAUGGUUAUGCACCUCAUGAUAUUUGUCCAUCUCAAUGUUCUCAGUAUAUACCUACAGAUGUUGAUCAACAAGGAAAUUUGAUGAAUCAUAACAUCACAAGCAGUAAUCCAGAUUUUAAUCACUUAACUUCUAAUCAAAUGACAACAAGUUAUCCGGUUCGCCAUUUAACAUCUCCAAAUCCAUAUUACAAUCAUACACUGAAUUAUCCAAUGACUCGUCAUGGUUCUACUGAACUCGGAAUAGUUUAUUCAUCAGCAAACCCAGUUAAUCAAUUAAGACAUGAACAAGGAAGUAUAAAACAUUCUACUCGUCAUAGUCAACACACUCCAAGGCAACCAAAUCAGUCUCGUUACUAUGGUACACUUCAAAAUCUUAAUUCAUAUAGAAAAAUAAAAAAUGACCAGUUUAUCAUUGAUAAUAAAAUAAAAGAUUGUACACGACUACAAACUAUAAUUCCUUCUACAGCUUCGGUUAAUAGUUCAAUCACUGUAGAUAGUAAUAGUAUGGGUUUAACUAUAGUUAAUAAUUCAAUAGAUUCAUCAGUUCAAAAUGUUGUUUCUAAUCAAACAACUAAUAGUUCCACAGAAAUAUUAUCUACUGGAUUAGCUGCAUUUUCACAAAUUAAACGAAAGUCUGAAUUUAAUAAUAUCAGUGAAAGAAAUAAUUUAACCAAUGGAUUUUUUAAUACAAAUAAUAUACCUAGUGAAAGUUCACCAAUGGUCUCUAUAAAUGUAACCACUUUUCCAGAUCAAUUUAAUCCUCAAUCAAUAGAAUUAGGGUCUGAUUUAGCAACAUUUUCGUACAGUGCACCGUUUAACUACAAUAUGGGUCCAUCGUGUACACCUAUAUUCUUAUCCCUUGAUCCCAGUGCAUCGGAUUCCCUGUUGAUGUCAAAUUCUUUGAUGAACUGUAACCAAGAUAAUAGCAAAUUAUAUGAGACAAAACCUAAUUUUGGAAGUACACGUUAUUUUUGUUCAUCAAGAGAAGUUAUUCAAUCGAAUAUAUCUAGAAAAAAUAUACCUCAUUAUGAAAAUCGACAAAGUGUAAACAAUCUUUCUCAUGCAAUAUCUAGUGACUUAUUUACUCUUCAAAACCAAUGUAAUUGUGAACAACAAUAUUCUAUUCACAAACCCCAGCAAACUCAAUGUCACAAACGAUUACCAUAUUCUUGUUCUACUUGCUUAAAAUCAAGAUCAAGUUUACAUAAUAGUAAGCAGUCAUUUCAUACACUUAACACACAGAACUCUGUCACUGAUAAUUUUUCUGAAGAGGACAAGGAUUCCGAUCGUAGCCGUUAUGCGGACCAACUUAGACGUAUUCAAUAUAGUGGUGGGCCGACUGCUCAGAUUUUAUUAGGUAAUAUCAACAUACAAAAUGAUCAUUCAAGUCCUGAUUCUAAUUUAUUACCUCAAGAGGAGAAAAAUAUAAAUGACUUCCAUACAUGUUUAUCAAAAUCCAAAUUAAAUAUGCACAAGAUUGAACUGAUGAAUAAUACUGAAAAUAAUCAUCUUAUCUCUAAUUUAAAUCAAUAUAGCGAACAACUAGGCAGUUUAGCAGACAAUAAAAAUCUUGAAACGUCAAGAUUAUUAUAUUCAAAUCAGUUAAACCGUCAACAACAACAAAAUCAACACAUUACUAAUAAUUUCUCUACCAUUCCAAAUGUAGAUAACACUGAAAUCAGGUCAACCCAUCUAUCUGACUGUUUUGUUUAA